AUUUUAUAUUUUUUGUAAUUGCAAUUACUUAAUGUAAUUUUCAAUAAGUAUAAUAUAUAAUUUAUAAUAAAUUUAACUUCUUGAUACCAAACAAAUAGUUUAUAAGUACUUGUUAAAAUUUAUUUCUUAUUAAAUAAAAUCUGAAUAUUAAAGUGAAAAUUUUCUAUUUAACUAUAUAGUUUAACUGUAGAAUAUUAAAGUUUAAACAUAUAAGACGGAAUGUCCUCUGGAAGUGAUGAUGCAGAACUUGAUAUGUUGUCUCCAUUAUUUAAUCCAAUUAAAGCAUUAUAUUCAAGUGAAGUAAAGGUGCCCAGUACAAUAGCACCAAUUUAUGAUAACAUAUCAAAGUUUGAAUUAACUCCUACUGGAGAAGUCCACAUAAAGCCACAAAGACCAAGGAAACAAGAUGAACAUGAUGUUAAAGAAAUAAUGGAAAGAGAUCUUAGCAAUGUUGCUGGAACGUCUCAACUUUCUCAAAAUGACCGUAUAGUAAAGCGUAGGCGAACAGUUUUGGUACGCAUGUCUGAAAUAACUAAAUCUAAAGGACCAUUAUCUCGCAUAGCAAAUCUUUGUUAUAGAAGACAGCGAGCCAAAGUCUAUACACGAUCUGCUGCUUCAGUUCGAGGUUAUUGUGAAGGAUAUAUUAUUGCCUUUGAUAAACAUUGGAAUUUAGUAAUGGACAAUGUUGUUGAAACAUGGACGAGAAAAAAUAAAGUCAAAUCUUUAGCUAUAGGUAAUAUGGUCCAAUUGGACGAAGCCCCUAAACCGUACAACGUAGUCAAACGAAUACGAGGGCGACAUGUGUGUCGAAGACAGGUACCCAGGCUGAUGAUUAGAGGCGAACAAAUAGUUUUGGUUGCCAAAAGCAAUCCAUUGCUGAGCUAACAGUUAAUUGAAUAUUGUGUUAUUUUAUAAAAUGUGAUGACUUAAAGAAGAACGCAGCUAUAAAUUGAAAGUUGUUGCGCUCCAAAUGUAAAUAAAUUUAUUAUUACAUUACUAAAUUAGUCAAAUGUUUUACUAUCAUUUUGUAUGGUAUGAAUAAUUUUUUCCUAUACAUCACAAGUAUA